AUGGUGCGCCUUGCUUUCCUUCUUGGUCUGGCAGCUGCCGCCGUCGCGCUCCACCCGCUGCUCCGCACCAACAUUGACGUGGUGGACUUGAUCGAGUCCGAACACGGCGCUGAAGCCACGCAAGCCGUUGCGUCUGAAGAAUGGUUUACAACCCAAAAGGUCGACCACACCGACGCCGCCAACACCAACGUGUGGAGCCAGCGCUUCUUCACGAACGACGUCUUUUACGGUGGCCCUGGGUCCCCCGUGUUUGUCUACAUCAACGGCGAAAAUGUCGCGCGCAACACGACCGUCGUGUCCAUGGGCCUCUUCAUGAACGUUCUCGCCAAAAAGCACAAGGCGCUCAUCGUGAGCUUGGAGCACCGAUACUACGGCAAGUCGCAGCCGAUGCGGGACUUGUCGACGGCGAGCCUCAAGUUCCUGAGCUCAGAACAGGCGUUGAGCGACCUGGUCAGCUUCCAAGACCACUUGACUGCCAAGCGCAACUUGACCAAGGACAGCAAGUGGGUCGCGUUCGGCGGGAGCUACCCCGGGAUGCUGGCGGCAUGGGCUAAGCUAAAGCACGGGAGUCGUUUUGCCGGGUCGGUGGCCAGUUCGGGGCCGAUCUUGGCCAAGGGCGACUACCAUGAGUAUGGGGACGUCGUGGAGUUUGGCCUCAGGUACUUUGGCGGGGACGCGUGCGUCAACACAGUCAAAGCCGGGUUGGAGGGCCUCCACGCGUUGCUAGCGAGCUCCAAGCCCGAGGACGUGGCGCAGCUGCAAGCGCUCUUCAAGCCGUGCUCGCCUCUGAAAGAUGAUUUCGAUCGGAUGACGGUCGAAUCGGCCGUGUUUGGCAACUUUCAAAUCACGGCGCAAACCAACGACUACACGUCGUUCAACUUGAAUGCGACGUGCGCGCUGUUUGCGCAGCCGAGAAAGACGCCGCUGGAGAAGCUCGCCGAACACAACGCGCGCUUCAUGCCGACGUGCACCGAUUCCGACUACCAGAACGCAUGGAUCAAGCCACUGACCAACACCACGUUGAGCACGACGUCGGUCGCGAGGCAGUGGAUGUACCAAACGUGCGCCGAGUUUGGAUUCGGCCAAACGACGGCAUCCGCCACGUCGAUCUUUUCCGCGCUCUCGUACAACAACGUGGACAAGGUUCUGUACGAAAUGUGCUACCAAGUGUACGGCAUCCCGAAAGCUCAAACGGAUGCCGCGAUCGCCGCCGUCAACCAAAAGUACGGCGGUCUCGACAUCGACGUCGACCACGUCGUGUUUCCAAACGGCAACAUCGACCCGUGGUCCGCGCUGAGUGUCACCAACGCGACGGGCGUUGUCAACCCCAAGUCCGAAGUCGUCUUUAUCGACGGGACGUCCCAUUGCCGCGACAUGAGCGCGGCGAGUCCCACGGACAGCGCGUCCGUUGUGCUGGCCCACCAACGCGUCGAACGCGCCGUCGACGGCUUCUUGCACAACAAGUGCUAA